AGAGAGAGAGAGAGAGAGAGAAUGUACCAUUGGGCUUGUAAUCCGAGAAAAAGCCCCACCACCAUCAAGGCCACCUGGCCUUCUUCCCCAGAUGAGGCGAGACGGACGGCUCAGAUUUCAUCGCCGUUGCGAUCGCCAUCCGAGGAGGAGAAGCUCAACGCAGUGUUCGAUCGACUCCCUCAGCUCCUCGAAUGGAAAUGGUCUCCUUUCCCAACUUCCUCUUCAACCCCAACCAAACCCUCCUUCCCUUCCCAAACCGAUUCGACCAAAAUUACGAAUCUAUCCUCCUCCACCCUCCAAUCAAAAGGAAAGGCAGUUGCUCAGAACCUCAUCGAAGAAGAAGAAGAGCCGAAGCUUCUUCCAAUCGUUUUCGCUGCAAGUAGAAGGCCGAGAAGCCAUUUAAAUAGGACAAUCCUCUCCAAUCCCUGGUCUGAAACCCUCAUUCCCAACCCACAACCAGCAUCGCCAUCGGAAUUUCUGUCUUUCGACGGUCUGGAUUGUCCCGAUACCCUCUCCGACGCCCUCAGAAGCAGCGGCGUCACUUCCGACACUCCUUCCUUCCAUCCAUCCGAAGAAGAAGAAGCAGAAGAAGAAGAAGAAGAAGAAGAAACCGACAGCAGAAGCUGCGGCAGAAAACGCCGAUUCCUCCGCAUCAAAAAAUCAUCGAAGAAGAGAAAGAAAGAGAAGAAGAAAGUAGGCGGAAACAGACGUCUUCCAGAGGAAUCUGUGAAAGCAGGCGGAAACAGACGUCUCCCAGAGGAAUCUGUGAAAGUAGGCGGAAACAGACGUCUCCCAGAGGAAUCUGUGAAGGUGCUGAGACAAUGGCUCGAAGAAAACAUAGAGAAUCCGUACGCAUCCUCCCAACAGAAGCAGGAACUCGCUCUCUCUUCCCGUCUCGAAUACAAACAGGUAGGAAAUUGGAUUUCUAAUGCAAGAGGGAAACUCAAUAUAAGGAAAUGCACGGAUAAGAGAUAUACAAAGAGAAUGUAUAGAUCGUAGAGUUGUUUGAGAGAUCUGACUCUUUCCAUUCGCUUCAGAUUCUUCUAUUUCACCACAGACAUUGAAAAGGUAGAGAAGCUUUUCAAAUUUUGACAGGUUUAUACACCGUUGCUUCGGUGUAUUAUAGCGUUACAUUCCGUUAAAAAUGCAUAUGGAAUGAGUUUUUCUGAUUUUCUGCAACACCUGUUUUGGGCUAUAUACCGUUGUUUUGGUG